AUGGUCAUGAAUGAACCCCCCUCGCUGAAUCCCAAGGAUCAGUCGCUGUUCCAUCAAGUAGUUCGGCACUGUGAGAGCAAACAGUACAAAAAAGGUUUAAAGAUUGCCGACCAUGUGCUCAGAAAAAACCCCAAGCACGGAGAGACACAGGCUAUGAAAGCGUUGAUACUCAGUAAUCAGGGACACCAAGAGGAAGCGUUUGCACUGGCAAAGGUGGCGAUUGCGAACCACUUAAGAUCCCACAUAUGUUGGCAUGUCUACGGUUUAUUAUAUCGCGCAGACAAAAACUAUGACGAAGCCAUCAAAGCCUAUAAAACCGCCUUGAAGUAUGAUUCGACGUCGCAAGCAAUACAGCGGGAUUUAGCUCUUCUCCAAGCACAAAUGCGCGAUUACCAAGGUUAUAUUCAGAGCAGAACCACGAUGCUACAACAAAAGCCUGGUUUCCGUCAAAAUUGGACAGCACUGGCCAUUGCUCAUCAUCUUGCAGGUAAUUUGACAGAGGCUGAGAAUGUUCUGACGACUUACGAGCAGACACUUAAAACCCCGCCUCCCAGAUCUGAUAUGGAGCAUUCAGAGGCGGUUCUCUACAAAAACUCGAUAAUUGCAGAGUCAGGCAAUCUGGAGAAGGCACUGGAACAUCUUGAUGCAGUGGGGAAAGGCUGUUUUGAUGUUCUUGCUGUGAUGGAGAUGAGAGCAGACUAUUUGCUGCGUCUUGGUCGGAAAGACGAGGCAGCGGCUGCUUAUGAGGCUCUUCUGGAAAGAAACCCGGAAAACUCAAAUUACUACGAUGCAUUGAUUAAGGCAAAGGGGAUCGUCGAGAGUGACCGUGAAACCCUAAAAGCCCUAUUCGAUGAAUGGGUCAAGAAAUAUCCGAGGGGAGAUGCAGCUCGCCGAAUUCCGCUAGAUAUUUUGGAAGGCCAGGAUUUCAGGGAGGCGGCAGACAGCUAUCUUCAACGGAUGCUCUGCAGGGGGAUCCCUUCUACUUUUGCGAAUAUUAAGUUCUUAUACACAAACACAGCUAAACGGGACACUGUCCAGGAACUCGCUGAGGGAUAUGCCCAAGGGCAUCUCGGAUCACAAGCCAAUGGUUCAUCAGAGAAACAAAUGAACGGUAAUUCAUCCAUGUUCGAGAGUUCAGUUUACUACUUUCUUGCCCAACAUUACAAUUAUCAUCUUAGCCGGAAUCUUGAAAAGGCGACGGAGUAUAUAGAUAAAGCAAUCGCGCUAUCUCCAAAUUCUGUGGAUUAUCAUAUGACAAAGGCCAGAAUAUGGAAACACUACGGCAACAUCCCGAAAGCGGCCGAAGUCAUGGAAAAGGCAAGGUCGUUAGAUGAAAAGGAUCGGUAUAUUAACUCUAAAGCAGCAAAGUAUCAGCUCAGAAAUGAUGAAAACGAAAAAGCCCUUGACAAUAUGAGUAAAUUUACACGCAACGAAACCGUUGGCGGACCCCUUGGUGACCUCCAUGAGAUGCAAUGUGUAUGGUAUCUAACCGAAGACGGAGAAUCCUACCUUCGUCAAAGGAAACUUGGACUUGCUCUGAAACGAUUCCAUGCGGUGAACAAUAUAUUCGAUGUCUGGUAUGAGGACCAAUUCGAUUUCCAUAGUUUCUCUCUGCGGAAGGGAAUGAUUCGAGCGUAUAUCGAUAUGAUCCGAUGGGAAAACCACUUGCGCGAUCACCCAUAUUACACCAGAAGCGCUCUCGCCGCCGUCAAGACGUACAUAUUAAUACAUGAUCAGCCAGAUCUGGUCCACGGUCCAAUCCCCAGCAGAGUGAAUGGCACCGCGGAGGGAGAGGCAGACAGUGCAGAGCGAAAGAAAGCUCUCAAGAAAGCCAAACGAGAGCAACUGAGGCUUGAGAAGGCGGAAGCAGCAAAACGGGAUCUAAAAAAGGCCAGCAGCACUAAGGGAGGCGACGGGGAAACUGGAAAGGAGGACUCUGACCCCUUGGGAACAAAGCUUGUUCAGACCUCUGAGCCAUUAAAGAAUGCCAUGAAAUUCUUAUCUCCCCUAUUGGAAUGUUCCCCUGGCAAUAUGGAUGUGCAGACAACUGGCUUUGAAGUCUUCAUUAGGCGUAAUAAAUAUCUUCUUGCCCUGAAAUGUCUUCUUGCCUCCCAUUCUAUCGACUCUGAAAAUCCCGCUCUUCACACCCAAAUAGCUCGUUUCCGAAAAGCAAUCGACACUCUUUCCGAACCCCUUCCCCCCAAUGUAUCCGAGGUCAUCGCUGCGGAUUUCGACCCCUUGCUCCCAAAAUCCCAAGAUUUAACAAACUGGAACGAAUCAUUCCUCUCCCAGCAUAAAUCUAGCGCUGUGCAUGUUCAAGCUGCUCUGUCGGUCCGACAGUUGCUCGCGCCCGACUCAAAACCCCAAUGCGAGAAGGAGCUUAUCUCCACUGUUGACCUUGAAACCGCAUCUCUGGAGGAUGCCAUUGCGGGUCUCCAUCUCUUAGAUGACUGGCACAGCAGCCAAGAAGCAAAAGCAGCCUAUAUUAGUCAAGCUCAGAAGAGAUGGACUGAAGCAUCGGCUUUUCAGCCAACACAAAUUCAAUAA